AGGCACCAGCCACCAGCCAGUACGAUUGGGCGACGACCGACCGAGGUGGUGUUUUGCUGAUCUCAGACGGGCGCCGGACGGAAACGUUUUACAUCUCUCGCACACGAAUACACUCAAUCGUUUCGGCGGUCCGUACGUCGUUUAAGUAUCUCUGUCGUACUCUCUCGUACUACUAUACUAGUCAUUCUACUCGACUCGGCAGCAGCGGUGGUGUCGCAGCGGAUCGGCAGAUAACCUCGUCAACUGAAGUAAAACUAAAAAAGAAUCAUCUCAAAAAAAAUUCAACCAUGCCUGCACCAACAAAAUCAAAUGCAGCGAUGUCACCAGAUGGUGGAGCACCACAACCAACUGUACCAAAAACUGAACUUCAAGAACUACAAAUGAAAGCUGGUGAAGUAACAGAUGAAUCACUUGAAAGUACCAGAAGAAUGCUAGCUCUGUGUGAAGAGAGCAAGGAGGCUGGAAUAAGGACAUUAGUUGCACUCGAUGACCAGGGAGAACAAUUGGACAGGAUUGAAGAAGGUAUGGAUCAAAUUAAUGCUGACAUGAAAGAGGCAGAAAAAAACCUGACUGGUAUGGAAAAAUGUUGUGGAAUAUGUGUGCUGCCUUGUAACAAGUCAGCCUCAUUUAAAGAAGAUGAAGGUACGUGGCGAGGUAAUGAUGAUGGUAAAGUGGUCAACAACCAACCACAGCGUGUAAUGGAUGAACGUAAUGGAAUGGGUGCCCAAGGAGGUUAUAUAGCAAAAAUAACAAAUGAUGCUCGAGAAAAUGAAAUGGAAGAAAAUAUGGGUCAAGUUAAUACUAUGAUUGGAAAUUUACGUAAUAUGGCGUUGGAUAUGGGAAGUGAAUUGGAGAAUCAGAAUAGACAAGUUUCACGAAUAAACAUGAAGGCUGGAUCUAAUGAAACAAGAAUUUCAGUAGCGAACCAACGAGCACAUGAACUGCUCAAGUAAUUUGAUAUACAAAAUAUAGCUAGGACAACAGCUAUUAUACUACUACAGCUAUUUGUUUUAGUUUAUUGCUACAGCUAUCAGAAAUAUAAUUUUUUUUUUU